AUGCUUAUAAGAAGUGAAAGAGAAGAAGAUGUAAUGGAAACAAUCCAACAACUAAACGCUAAAUUGGAAAUUAAAAAAAACCUAGGAGUAGUCACCUACUACCUCGGCAUAAGCAUCGAAAAAUUUAAAAGUGGAACCUUUGCCAUAAACCAAAGGAAUAAAAUUGAAGAAAUAUCGAUAGUUCAAAUAUUUGAACUUCAAAACGAAAAACCAACAUAUACACCAAUGGAAACAAACUACUGCAAACUAGAAACUGAAGAUGAUCUUCUAGAGGAUAAUACGCAGUAUAGACAAGCAGUAGGGGCAUUAUUAUAUAUUGCAACAAUCAGCAGACCAAAUAUAGCAUGCUCCGUCAAUCUACUGAGUAGAAGAAACGAAAAACCUCGGAACAUAGAUUGGAAUGCUGUCAAGAAAGUCAUUCGAUAUACUUACAUACAACUAAAGGCUUAA